ACCGGGUUGGGCAUGUGCUCCGCUCCACCCAAAACCCGCCCAACCCGUCCGCCUCGCUCGCUCGGCAAUCCCCUCCCAAUAAACAAAUAAUGAAGCCGCCGGCGCGGCGGCCGCUGCUGGGCGUGCUGGCGGCGGCGGCGUUGCUCUCCUGCCUGCUCCUCCUCGCCCCGCCGCCCCGCCACCUCUUCCCCUCCUCCUCCUCCGCCCGCGCCCCCACCUCGCCCUACGCGCACCGCCCCAAGCUGCUCUUCCUCCUGGCCGGCCAGUCCAACAUGGCCGGCCGGGGCGCGCCCACCUCCCCGCUCCCUCCCCCCUACCUCCCCCACCCCCGCCUCCUCCGCCUCGCCCACAAGACCUGCGGCCUCGGCCCCGCCAUGCCCUUCGCGCACCGCCUCCUCCUCUCCUCCUCCCCCUCGCCCUCCUCCCUCCCCGCGCCCUCCGCCGUCUCCGACCCCGCCGGCGAGGACUCCGACCCGCUGGUGCUCGGCCUCGUCCCCUGCGCGGUCGGCGGCACCAGGAUCUGGAUGUGGGCUAGGGGCCAGCCGCUGUACGAGGCCGCCGUCGCCAGGGCGCGCGCCGCCGUGGCGGGCGGCGGCGGGGCGCUCGGCGCCGUGCUGUGGUUCCAGGGCGAGAGCGACACCGUCGAGGUCGACGACGCCCGCGCCUACGGCGGCAACAUGGAGCGCCUCGUCGCCGAUCUCAGGGAGGAUCUCGGCUCGCCCAAUCUGCUCGUCAUCCAGGUUGGUCUUGCAUCAGGGGAGGGGAAUUACACCGACAUCGUAAGAGAUGCUCAGAAAAGUAUCAAUCUUCCCAACGUGAUUCUCGUCGACGCCAUGGGUCUGCCGCUCAGCGACGACCAGCUGCACCUCUCCACAGAAGCUCAACUCCGGCUCGGCGAAAUGUUGGCGCAAGCCUAUCUAGAAUUCGAGUCAUCCAGAGAUCGCAAGCUAUAGCAUCAACAACAUUGUCUGAUUCGUUAGUUCUAGAUACAAUUAUUAUUCUUUGAGAGCAUCCUGUUGUAGAGUGUAGAUGAAUGUACAAACAAGGGAAGAUGUGCCCACAGACGUGUUGUCGCUCACUAUACCGCAAUAAAAGGCUUUCCGGUAGAAAUUUAGCUCAAACUGUUGUUCAAGUGAUGUACAUUGGGGAGAAGAGAACAGAGCUGUGUGUGUUGGAAUUAAAGCUGAAGAGCAUUUGUGGUGGGAUUCUGAUAACAUCUCCAUUCAAUUUUA